AUGGCUCAAGAUGUAGCAGCCUUCAUUGACACCCACGCUCUAAAAAAUCCUACUUUGAUAGGUCACUCCAUGGGUGCCAAAACCGCCAUGGCACUCGCUCUCCAGAGCCCAGAUUUAAUCAGCGACAUCGUAUCGGUGGAUAAUGCGCCGAUUGAUGCUGCGCUCUUAAGCAGUUUCGGGAAAUACAUACAGGGAAUGAGGAGGAUCGAGGAGGCUGGUGUGACAAAACAGUCAGAAGCGGAUGCGAUACUGAAGGAGUAUGAAGAGGUAUGUUGAAAUGCUGCCAAAACUUCAUGGACUCACAGGCUGAUAUUUAUUUGGAAAGUCAAUGCCAGUAAGGCAAUUCUUGCUGGGUAAUCUACAUCGUCCUGCUGGGGAGAAGACGCAGAAAUUCAAGGUACCACUGAAGAUCAUUGGUUCUGCUCUUGAUAACCUAGGAGAUUUCCCUUUCAAAGAUCCGGGCGAGGUUCGAUUUGAGAAGCCUACUUUGUUUGUGAGGGGUACGCAGAGUAAAUAUGUUCCGGAUGAAGCUCUGCCUAUUAUUGGACAAUUCUUCCCUAGGUUCAAACUUGUUGAUAUAGAUGCUGGACAUUGGGUUAUUUCGGAAAAGCCGGAGGAUUUUAGACAAGGUAUGUUUAUGAUCCUUUUCUUUCCCGCCUGGUGUAUUUGUUGUAUUCCUGCUAAUUGCUUUGAUUCAAUAGCUGUUGUAGACUUCCUCAAACCCGAGGUGUAAUAUGUAGAAUUUGUAGAAAGAGAAAUAUAGAAUACAACAAUCUAAUGUAA